UUGGCUCUCCUGUCGCCGGAUCGCAGAAGCGGAUGAAUAUUUAGUACAGUGUUUUUAGUGAAAAUUUGGUGUUUUAAGAGGUCUUGCAGUGUUGAAAAUAUAGUAAAUUGGUGGCAGACCGAGUGGUUUAGCCAGUGCGCAUAAGAUUUUCUGACCUUUUUCGUAACUGUUGUGUUAUUUUAACAUUGAAAUAUGGAUGACAGCAGCAUUGCAAAAUCUCUCGACAUAACCUCACAAGUUGUCAUCAAACCGAACGAGAAGCAGCAGUACUUCGAGACACAUGGCAAAGAUGUGACUGUGAUGGGGUUUUCGGGGAAGCACGAUCAUGGCAGCUCGAAGGUGAAGCUGAAGAACAUUGUCGACUACAAGUGGGAGGUGAAGAACUACACAGGGCGCCUUAUAGCCAUCCAUCUUGAUGGGCACCACAUUGCCUACAGCAUCAAAUUGAAUAAUCAGGGCACAGCUGAGGGGGCGGUGCGUGUGGUAAAUCAGCAGAGUGGACAGCGAGCACUGAUCAAGGGCAUGGGCGGCGAAGUGCUGGACUUGCAGUUUGCUUAUCUCGAGACACAGACCAUUCUUGCAUGCAUCGACGACGCUUCGCUCUUCAUUCACCGCAUUGAGACGCUGUCCGACAAAUUGGCCGUAGUGCUGCUGGUGAAGAUUCAAGACACCCUCGUGGGACACGACUGCAAGUACGACAAGGUUGCGUGGUGUCCGUCAGUGCCACAGAGUAAGGACGAUGUGGAUGAGUACGCCAGUCAGUUGCUAGUGUGGUCGCGCGGAACACAAUUUCAGUGCUACAGCAUCAAUGCCGUGCUGGAUACGUACGGGAUGGGCAUUCAUGAAGCGGCCGACAUCUCUGAUGGGAGUCUCAAGUUUCAGGAAAACUCCAAGACCAUCACGUACGCCAUGUUCUCACCGGAUGGUACGACUCUGGGUGUGAGCAGUGACGAUGGCUCCAUUGACUUCUAUCAGAUUUACUUGCACCUUAAGGAUACCAGCCCGAGGCGUCUGCACCAUUGGAAGCCCCAUGGCGGAAAAGUGGUCACGAGCUUCUUCUUUCUGGACAACCACACGGAAUUCACCAGCAACAACACUUUCUGGAAACACGCCAUUACAGGCGCUGACAACAACACGGAAUUCAAAGUGUGGCGAUGCGAUACAUGGACUUGCAUCCAGACUGUGACCUUCAAGGCGCCCAAUGACUUUUCGCUGCACCUCAAGGCGGAGAUUGACAAGACAUCGUCUUAUCUCAUGGUUUCAGACACUGUAAAUCGCGGCCUGUACGCACUCCAGAUUGCCAAGAUGACCAGAGAUGAUGACUCCACAUCCGAGGAGAAUGGUGAGGGAUCCUCGAAGAAGGACGUGCCCAAUGUCAAUACAAUUGCCUAUGUGAAGUCUAUCACGGAGUUUCCUCUAUCUUCACCGAUUCUGAGCUUUGGGAUCGUCGAUGCGGCGCUCAGGAAGUAUAAAUGUGGUGUGACGGAUGCGUAUUUAAUUGACGAGAUGGAUGAUUAUGAUGAGGAAAAUAAUUCUCUCUACUGUGUGGUAAUUCACAUGUUCUUGGUGCAACCGAAAAGCGUCCAGGAAUGCCAUGUGCUAUACCAACCUACUCUGUCAAUGGAUACUCAGCUGGGCAGCACGCUCGAUCUCUUGGUCGCAGAAGACAGAUCGGAGGAUGAAGUAGUCCGGGAUGAGGCAGCCGAGGAGGACACAACUGUUGUAAUCUCACCAAAACCAUCAAAUUCCCUCAACUUGAGCAGUGGAUUUGGCCACAAGCAACCAUCGCAGCUCAAUCUGAUGACUCCGGAAUCCUUCCACUCACCAGGAAAGAAGGAGAGUGUGCCAGAAGGUGUGAGUGAGGAUGUGAUGUCGGCUAUCAGGAUGUUGGCGGCUUCAACUACAUCUCCAGAGCAGAAAAAUCUUCUCAGCUUGGUGAAUGAUGACGAACCAAGGCAUUCAUUCCUGCGCGAUCUGCCUGUACCCACAGCGCCCCAGGCAGAGAUCCUCGCUAGCGGAGGCUCCAGUCCUAGUCGCGAAGUGCAGAAGAUCUUGUCGCUGAAUAAGAACGAUUGCCUCAGUGAGUACUUUGACGACGCCGAAGUGGGAGAUGAAGAUGUGGAGGACAAUUUGGGGGCAUCAGAAGACAAGGAUGGCAAGAGUGAUUGGCCAAAAGUGCCCAACAUUCAGCACAUCACUCAAAUGCCCACGGAAAUUCUCACGGACACAAAUGCUAAGGCGAGGAGUAUUGAGAUGAAGCUGGACAGAAUGAUGGAACUCAUGUACGCACAGAAGAGUAAAAUUGAUGAGCUAGAGAGUGAGUUGGAACAUCUGAAGAAGAGACAAAUCAAUGGCGAUGGUGUUGACUACAAGAUGCUGUCUGAGAAUCUCGAGGGGAAUCUGACGCAGAUGUUGGAAGAGUAUUUGCAGAGAGUAGAUAGGCAGCAUGGGGUCAAGGUAGAGAGUCUCCUAGCAGAGAGAUCAAGUGAAAUCCGGGAGAUUCACGAAGCGCUCUUACACUCCUUCAAUCAGGCUUUUGUUAAUCAAAUUACUGAGAAAUUGAGUGUUGUUCUGCUGAUGGAGUUGAAGCAUCAACUCUUGCCUGUGCUUACUACCAAGGCAGAAUCAAUGGUGGUGGAGAUUGGCCAGAAGAGUGAUCAUUUACUGCGUGAUACCAUCUCUAAGGUGUGCACUAGUAAGCCAAUAGUGGACUCCUUUGCCGCAUCGUCUCUGAGAGGAGUUCAGAGUGUUUUCCAAACAACAUUCACUGAGAUUCUGACAAAGACUCUUGUUCCUGCUUUUGACAAGUCCACACAAGAGAUGUUCCGCCAGAUAAACAAUACCUUCACGUUGGGAAUCACCAAGUUCGUGCAACAACUUGAUGCGUUUAUAAUGCAGCAACAGCCGAUUCAGGACAAGAGUGAGGAGACGCACAAAUUGCUAAGGGGAAUUUCCAUCCAGCUGAAUAUGUCAAAUGAUAAGAUGAUUAACAGUUGCACUGCCCAGAUUAUUCAUGAUCUCAACAAAGAUUUUAAGUCGCUGCAAAUCAACCUGCAAAAAACGAUAAAGGAGUGUGUAAAGACAGAGAUGCAAAAGAGCUUCGAGGCGCAGACGGCGAAUUUGGAAGAUUCUGUGCUGUCUGUUGUACGCUCACAGACGCAGACGCCAAGCAUUUUCGAUGUGCAAGAGAAGAUUAGAGUCCUCCUGAGUCAAGGGAUGAUCAACAAGGCUUUCCAUCAGGCGCUCAUUGCUAAUGACUUGACUCUAGUGGAGUUUGUCCUUGACAGAGCGGACUACAAAACCGUCUUCAAUCCCUGCCCAUUAGAACAGACAGUGUUGCUGUCACUUAUCCAACAAAUUACCGCCGAUAUGAGUAGUUUUAAUGACGUUAAACAUAAGUACCUCUCGGAAGCUGUUAUGAAUCUGAACAUCAAGGACAGCAUUACGAAGGAACACGCUCCGAGUGUGAUGAAGGAACUCUAUCAGAAGUGCCAGUCGUUCAUCGCUGCUAAUCCGCAAAGCCACAUUUGUGGUGGCCUCAGGAUGCUUCUGAUGGCCAUCCAGGGACUGGGCUUCAAGGUCAUCUGACGUGACAUACGCCCUUUUUAAUCGUGCUGUUUUCUGUUUCCCGCUUCAAUCGUAUAAGCUGUACCAUUUUUACACUCCCUCGUGAGACGAUCAGAGAAAGAAAGAGAAAAAUACAUUUUCAACAAUA